UGCCCCGGCUUUUGCUGUGGCAGAGAAGCUCGCUGUGAAAUAACUGCGACUGCAGCUUAUUUUACUUCCUCUCCUCUCUAGAAUAUUGUGCCGACACCGGUGAAAAUCAACUUGAUCAAUAUGCUGUCAGAAACAGGACUCCAGGUUAUAGAGGCCACCAGCUUUGUCUCCCCCAAAUGGGUUCCGCAGAUGGCUGACCAUAAUGAAGUUAUGCAAGGAAUUAAUAAGUUGCCUGGUGUUAGUUAUCCUGUCCUGACUCCUAACCUGAAAGGAUUUCAAGCAGCGGUGGCAGCAGGGGCCAAAGAAGUGUCAAUCUUUGGAGCAGCGUCUGAGCUCUUCACUAAGAAGAAUAUUAACUGUUCCAUAGAGGAGAGUUUGGAGAGAUUUGAUGAAGUUAUGACUGCAGCAAGAGCAGCCAGCAUUCCAGUCCGGGGCUAUGUUUCCUGUGUCCUUGGCUGUCCCUAUGAAGGGAAGAUUUCUGCAGCUAAAGUUGCAGAGGUCUCCAAGAAGAUGUACUCGAUGGGGUGUUACGAGAUUUCUCUUGGUGACACCAUUGGCAUUGGGACCCCAGGAAGCAUGAAAGAGAUGCUGACAGCAGUCAUGAAAGAGGUGCCGGUUGGGGCUCUUGCUGUUCACUGCCACGAUACCUAUGGGCAAGCUCUUGCCAACAUCUUGGUAGCACUUCAGAUGGGUGUGAGUGUGGUCGAUGCUUCCGUUGCUGGCCUUGGAGGCUGCCCCUAUGCCCAAGGAGCGUCAGGAAACGUUGCUACGGAGGACUUGGUGUACAUGCUGAACGGCCUGGGGAUCCACACGGGUGUGGAUCUGCAGAAGCUGAUGGCUACAGGUACAUUUAUUUGCAAUGCUCUAAACAGAAGAACCAAUUCCAAAGUAUCCCAGGCAACCUGUAGACUGUGAUACUGGAUCAAGUUUGUCCUUGAAUCAAGUCAGAGAAGAAAGCAGGGAUCUGGAAUUGGCCAGGUUUCCCUUCCCUUCUGUCACAUCUGCUCUUCAGUGCUCUUCACUAGAAUCUAUGAAGAAAUGAAAAGGAACAAGAGUACUAUAUCCAACUUUGAACAUGUUAAGCCCUUUCCUUGGAGAGGGGGCUCAGAUAGUCUGGUGGAGAAGUAAAGGAUGCGCCACUUGCCUUCACAUAGAGAAGAAAGUGCUGCGGUCUCUGGCAUCAGCUCAGAACAGCCUCCGGUAAAUUCUACCUCAAGAGUCUGUUGCCAUAAAUGACCAGCAAAGGCUAAACCACAGCUCUUCUGGUUAGAGCACUUCUCCAGGACGGGCUUGACCCUUCUGCCCUUCUUUUUCCUCCUAUCAGGAACAAAAGCUACAACUGUUAAGACUGAAAUUGAAAGAUGCUCCUUUGUGAUUCAAAGCCAGUAUCAAGGAGCAGCCUGGAUGUUCUGUCUUAGCGUUUAAGGAUUGUAAUAAAGGACUGUAUCUGUUGUAAGAUACUUUUAAAUACUAAGAGUAAUAAAUGCAUUAUUUAAUAUUGUAAAAUAUUAUAAAUUUGGUUUAAUGAAGCCAGGAAAAGGGCUUUCGCUGCUUAUUUUGUUCCAAGUGCCUGUUUCAGCAGCACUCGCUUAUGGGGGAAAACACUCUACCAUAGUGGCCUGUAGCCCGUCCACGCAGAGUAGAUACUUUGAAGAAGGCUUAUUCCGUAUGUGUGUGUCCUUCUCAGUGGUAGACAGGUUCUAGGGCAGGCUUUUUGCUAUCCUUUCUAUUUAAAAUAAUUUAUUUAAUAGUUUAUUUGUGAAAGCAGAGACAAUUGCAAAAUCUUUCUUGUUUCGUACUUGCCUGCUGCAUGUUUCUUUGACUGUCUGUGCUGCUCACAAGACUACCCUUCCGUGCCUCUCUACACCGCUUAAAACGACCUGUAACACUUAAAUAAACUAUACUAUUUAA